AAGAGCUGGAGUUGCUGAAAUUUAAGUUUUGAUUUAUUUUGUUCACCCAUCACGUUUGGCCUUAGUUUCAUUUUUAAUUUGAAGAAAAGUUUGAAAUUGCUUUAUCUUGCACUUAACAUUUGCACCAAAUUGCCAAAAGAAGGAGAAAUGCUCCGUUUGCUUUUUAAAUGUUAAUGAUGAUGUUAAUAAAGCCUUUCCUGACACAUUUGAGGAGCUCCUCCGUCUCCAGGGGCUUCUUACCAGAGUUAUGCAGUGAUGGGUUUAGUUCUGAAUGGAUGAAGAGUUCCUGAGAGCUAGCGUUUGUAAUUAGAACCGUUACUUGGUAUCUGUGCCUUAUUUGACCUUUGGUUCCACAUGCCUUGGAUGUGCAUGCACCGUGACGGUUUCAUAGGUACGAACGCACACUCAGGCCCAGUCACUUCGGUUGGUAGUACAGAUUGUGAGGAAAAAGAUGGAGGCAUCCUUAAGGAGGAAAAAUGUUUGCCUUUAGUUCCUGCAUUAUCCUGUACAGGGGCUCCUGAGUUUUGGAAGCCUGUUCCCAGUACAGGAGAACAACUCCCCUGUUUGCAGCAGCAGACUUCGGUGCACAGUGACAACGCUGGAGUUCAAGAGGAAGCCAGCAAUGCUGCACCAUUGGCUUCAGACACCAUUGUUGUUGUUUGCCAGUUUUAAACUUAACUAGUUGCAGACGAAGACCACCUUGAAAUGCAGGCUUGUUGGGCUUGUUUUGAAUUUUAACCUCGGAUGGAAGAGCCCUAGUGCUGUCUGUCUCCAUGCGGGAUGAUGAUUGCUAGGCAACAGGUGAUUAUCAACAAAGGAUGCCACGGUUAUACUCUGCAAGGUGGUGUUCCAGUGGCAAACAGCUGUAUAAACUCUUGUAAACAGGAACUACUGACAAAAACCUAUAGUCGACUUUGGGAUCUGACUUUAUUAUUCAGCAACUCAAAGAUGAGUUCUAAUUGGCAGACUUCUGGCACUGGCACUUGUCCUCCUGUUUCUAUAGAAACUGGGUUGGAAGUCAGAGCUGCACAAAGGGAAAGGGAGUUUCAACUUUUGCAAUUUGGUAAUAACAGAUUUAGAGGACCCUGGGCGCAGAAGGCCAUGCAGUCCCUUCGUCUAAGAGGUCCUGCAAGUGAGAGAAUGAAGUUUCUAAAAGACAAAUAGACCUUCAGGUCAGUGUCUUGGAGAAAUUGUAUUGUAGAAGAUUGGAG